UCUGAGCUCAUUGUCUAGUUAGAUCGAACAAAUUGCUCUUUUGAUACCCUGAAACUUUUCUCAUAGCUUUUUUCCCAAAAAUUCCUGGUUUGUCGGGUUUUCGUGCUGUUCGGGUAUUUCAUAGAAUGCGUGCAGUCGACAAGACGACUUCUGGUAUACAAAUCGCAUUUCCAAGAAUUAUCCUUUUGUUACUGGAUAUAUUCUGAUAAGAUAAGCUAUAAUUCGCUCGUGAGUUGAAACGCGUAAAUUCUUAAAAUUCUAGGUACAUAGCACCAUAAAGGUUAACUUUAAUACGGUCGUCGAUUGAGAAAAACUCCUCCAAAUGAGCUAUUCAAAAUAGACAACUUGGAACCAACAUCAAAAGGCGAUUACAUUAAUUCAUGGAAGCUUAGCAGAGGAAAGGAUAAAUUCAGGCUUACAAUACAACUGCUAGAGAAAGGUAAAGUGCGGUUCCAACUGAAAGAAGAAAAUAAAAAGAGAUACGAAUUGAAAGAUGUGCUCGAUGCUGAUCAACCAAAACGAAUAAAAGUCAAAGUACAAACGAUACGGGAUAGACAGACAACAAUAAGGCCUCAUCCCUCAAUCAAUGAAAAACAUUCAGUUGUCAUUUAUAAAAAACCUUUAAAAGUGUCAUUUUUGUAUGAUGAGAAGGAAAUGGUGGUUUUGGAUAGUACAAAUUUGGUUAUGGAAUAUAAGAAGGAGUCUUAUGAUGGAAAAGAUGAAGAAAUUAAAGAUAUUGGAUUCAGUGUGAAGUUUAGUGAUGCCUUGAAGUUGUAUGGUCUACACCACCAUGCUUAUGAUUUGGAAUUACCAGAUACAAGCGAUAUGGAGCCCUUUAGGUUGCGAAAUUCUGAUACUGCAGGUUUCGAAUCUAACUCGCCCAUGGCGCUUUACGGAUCUGUGCCAGUUAUUUAUGGACAUUCAAAAACUUCGACCACCGGAAUAUUUCUUCACAAUGCUGCAGAACAAUGGGUGGACAUUACUUACAAGAAGGCUGGUUCUCCAUCGGCUCAUUUUAUGGUGGAUAGUGGAAGUUUCGAUCUUUUUGUAAUGCUAGGACCAAAAAUCGAAAAUGUAAUUCAACAAUUCACCGACCUUACUGUUAUGGACGCUGGGAUACCAUCAAUGUCGUUGGUCGUAUUUUACCGUUGAAGAGGUUUUAAAUGUCGUCGAAAACUUGACUAACAGUGGUUUUCCAUUAGAUGCAAUGUGGUUAGAUAUUGACUACACCGAUGAAAAAAAAUAUUUCACUUGGUCCGAUAAAUUCAUUGGUGAUGAUGGAAAAGGUGUAGAAAGGAUGCUUGAGACUCUAAAAGGCAAGAAUAAAAAGCUAGUGACUAUCAUUGAUCCUCACAUAAAGGUAGAUGAGAACUACCCCGUAUAUAAGGAAGGAAAAGAUGGAAACUAUUUCGUCAAGGAAAAAGAUGGAAAAAAGGAUUUCGUAGGUGAAUGUUGGCCUGGCAGUUCCAGCUAUGUAGAUUUUUUGAAUCCAGCUGCAAGAACAUACUACGCGAAUCAUUAUUCUGACCCAGAAUUUCAUCAUGGGUAUCCUGAAGUUUUGGCGGGCAUAUGGAACGACAUGAAUGAACCAUCUGUAUUUGAUCCCAAUCAUGAGUGGACAAUGCCUUACGAUAACAAACACAAAUCAACAAAUGAUGGAGAAGCUGAGAUUGAACAUAGAGAUAUCCAUAACAUCUACGGUUUUUUGCAUGUACGCAGUUCCAUUCA